AUGGGCGUGAAGAGUAAGAGUAGUAAUAGUAGUCUGAUGAAUAAACUCCUUACAGGGAGUGGAAGUGAGAGUCCACGGUGGGAUGCUUUAGAUGCCCCUACACUGAGUUCAGCCCCUUUAUCCUCCUUAUCCUCCACAGCCACAGAUCAUGCAUUGGUAGAACCUAAAGAAGAAGAAGAAGAAGAUGCCUCUACCACUUUAUUUUACGGUAUAAAAAAUAGUGAUGUGGAGACAGAGAUUGGAUCUAGUCGUAGUGGAAUACCAGAGAAUAGUGAUGAAGUGAAGAAGAAGUCCAUCACAGUGAAGAAAGAAAAGGAAGAAGAGGAAGAGGAAGAGGAAGAGGAAGAAGAGGAGAAGGGUAUCUUUACAGAACCUCCAAUGGAGUUCCAUGAGAAUAAUAAUAAUAAUAAUAAUAAUAAUAAUAAUAGUAAUAGUAGUAGUAGUCAUCAUAAAGCAGCAAAACGUGCAACCCUUCGAAAAAGUAUUUGGUCAUUUGCUAAAAAUGCUGUAGAGAGUACAAAACGAGAAAAGACUCCACUUCCUACCAUCUCCAUACUACCAAGACCAUCUUUCUUAACUGGAUUAACAGAUGGAACGCCUUUUAUUCCUACCCUUUCACAAACCUCUAUACGAGUACCAACAGCAACAGUAGCCCCUACUACUACUACUGUGGUAGUUCCUCAACACUGGAGUGUAUUUUACCCAGAAGGAAUGGAUCAACAACCUCCGGUGUUAUUACAUUAUUUAGUGCUUGGCGGUUGGCGAACUGUGCCGGGUGGAUGGGAUUACUUUAGUCAUCGUCGUUUACAUAAAGGGGAGGUGGUGGGACACUCCGUACGUUGGUUGCAUAGUGCCCAACCACGCGAUCGAUUUGUGUUUGUUAUUAGUCCAGUAGAUCCAAAAGCUGUACGGGAAGAAGGUGAAGAAGAAAUGGAGGAAAAGAAAGGAUUUAUAGGGGCAUGGAGAAGAUUUCGAAAAACAAUAUUUGGUUCACCUCCUGCCUUUGCGUAUAAUAAAGGGAAAUUAUUUAGACAACCUUCUCUUAAUCGUACAACCCCAGCACCACCUCCAUCAUCCUCUAGUCCUGUAGGUGAAAGUCCCAUACGAACACCAGGAAUGAUGCCACGAUUACAAAGUGAUGAGGCUAUUUCUCUUUCCCACUCACCUGUUACUAACAUGGAAGUUUAUAGUGGUAAGAAUGGAGGAAAGAAUAAUAAUAAUAAUAAUUUUAUGGGAACACGUAGUAGUAUAACUGAGAGUCGUGGACGUAGAGGAGGAGGAGGAGGAGGAGUGGAAGUAGUAGAAGUACGACAUGAAGAUAUUACGGCCACUGAUUAUAGUCCUCGUUUACUUUCUAGUCGAUUUGCAAUGGAAACUAAAGCAGUAUAUGCAUAUUAUUUUCAUACAAUAGAAGAUGCUUUUGCGUAUUAUGGUUGUUUAGAUGAUCUUCAACUUAUUGAUCAACAGGUUCGUCGAGGGGUAACAAACGCCAUUGCAUGUAUAAAGAAAGAAGAAAGUAAUAAUAGUGGUAGACAACCAAGUUCAAAUGUUUUGGAUCGAAUGUUUUCUGAAGAUAAUUCCAUGACAAAUCCAUUUUCCACUACAGAAAGAGAUCUUUCAUUUUCUCUUCAAACAGGUCCAGUAUUAACUUUAUUUGAUAAUGAACCUCUUGAGGUAAGUAUACCACGUGUAGAACAGACAGGAUAUUUAACCCCUACCGGACCAGAACCCAUUAUAAAUUAUAGAACUCCAUCUGAUUCUGUAAAUAAUAAUAAUAAUAAUAAUAAUAAUAAUAAUAAUAAUAAUAAUAAUAUGACACAUAUUGGAAAUGAACAAGUAAAGUAUACACAAAGAGAAGAAGUAUCACCUAAUGCUAUUCCAUAUUUCCCAUUAGCACGAAAACCUAGUGAAGAGUCUCCUUGUUUGAAUAGUGGUAAUGGUAUUGGUAUUGGUGGUAGGGAAUCUCUUGUAUCUACACGUAAUAGUCAACCCAAUGAGAUUCCUUUUAGUUAUCCUCGAGUUAUGCCAACACCCACAACUGUACAUUUUGAUACGAUAGUAACUGUAUAUUCAGAGGAUCCUAACUUUAAUGCCUUAUUACGAGAAGUACUUAUACCAGAACCAGGUACACAUCCCUAUACAGCAUCUCUUAAAGAGCAACGUCGUAUGCUUUCUAUGUAUGAAACAGGUAUGCCAGCUUGGACAGUUUUUCUUGCCUCUACUGGACUUCCCUAUCGCCGUGUUUUUCGAUUAACAUUUGUAGGACUUGUGAAUAUUUGGCCUGUAAUCUCUCUUUUUGUAGGAUUAUAUGACUUGUAUAAACAUUUACCUCAGAUGAAAGAAUUUGUAUCGACGACAUUAGCACCACUUCUUAAUUGGGUAGAACGUCGGGUAACACUACGUAUAUCUAUGUUAGUUACAUAUAUAGUUUCUGUUGGAUUUUCUGUAGCUGCCUCUUUCACAAGUUUCUUCUCUCAAUUCUAUGUAUUAGAAGUUUUUCUUUUCCCAUUACGAUUUUUUGGACGAUUACUACAUACUCCCUUUUCACUUAUAUUUGAACUCUUAUGGACAUUCCUUUCUAUUAUUCUCUCUUUCCUGGGUCUCCUCCUCGUGACACUUAAAAUGCUUAUUAUGGGACCAUUUGUACUCGUUUCUCAUCUUGCCUCUUGGGAGUUUGCGAGCAGUAGUGCUGGUGUUCUUCCCGUCGCGGCGGAGGGAACAUCGCUGACGAUGAAGUGGUGGAGAGCUUGGCAGGAGUUUUGGGUAACGGUGGCUUCACCUGUGAAGAAUCUCGCCAAGGCAUGGUAUGAUAGUGUGGUUCAUGUUGCGGUGAGUGCGGCCAGACGUGAGGCUUCUAUUCGUCGCUGGUAUACACCGAAGUUACGAUUGGUGAUUCGUUUUAUGGAGUUUGUGCGGGAAGUGUUUAUAGUGAAUGUGUGGUUGUGGUGGCAGUACUGUGCACAUGGGCGGGGACUGUGGGUAUUGUAUCUCUUGUUAGUGUUGAGUUGUGGGUGGAUGCUGUUGCCGGCCCGUGUGGAGGAGAAGGGAGGAAGGAGUUCAAUGGGAAUGGAAAUAAUGAUAACAUCAACAACAGCAACAGGUGGAGGAAGGGGAGGAAUAACAGGAGAAGAUCAUCAUCAUCAUAAUAGUAAUAUAGAUAGACAAGUUGGCUUUACAUCUACAGAGAUGUCGUCUAUAGAUAUUGGGGAUAGGGCUCUCAUGGAGAAGGAUCCAUUGAUGAUUGGGGGAUUUGAUGCUUUACACUUUGCGUGGGAAACACUUCUCGCUGUGUGGAUUCAACUCCCAUGGUAA